AUGGCGAAGCUCGGCGAGGGCGACGAGCGAUGGAUCGUCUCCGAGCGCGACGACGGCGCGAACGUGAACAACUGGCACUGGCAAGAGAAGGACGCGUUCGAGUGGGCGCGCGAAAAGUUCGCGUCUCGCCUCGCGCUGACGAUCGCGGACGCCGUCCCGGACCCGGACGACGCGUCGCGCGUGAUCACGAUCAAGACGUCGGACGUCACCGCGCUCACCGGGGAGGCGUACGUGAACCGAAGGAAGGGCAAGAUCAUCGCCGGGUACGAGCUCGACCUGAAGAUGAAGUACGACGCGGAAGCGCGAUCGAAAGACGAUCCGUCGGGGGACGUCGUCGCCGCCGCCUCCGGGAACGUGCACUUCCCGUACAUCGCGGACGAGAACGCCGGGGAGGAGCACGACGCCAAGGUCCUCAACGCGAAGAACGGCGCGCUCGACGACAGGGUCAAGGAGAUCAUAAGGACGGUGGGGCUCCCGAUGAUGUGGAGGGCGAUCGGUGAGAUCGAAAAGGAGCUCGCCGCGGGAGGGCCGGGCGGGGAGGGCGACGCGCCCGCGCCGAAACCGAGCGGCGGCGGCAAGGCGGACUUCAGGGAUGGCGCCAACGUCAACGGAGGCGCGAAGAGCGACGCGGAUAGGGAGAAGGAAUCGAGGUCGGAUAAGACCGCGCCGCUGUCGCGGAAGGCGCACGCGUUGAAGAUGACGGAGCGAUUUUUCUGCCGGCCGCGGGACAUCUGCGACGCGCUGCUCGACGGCGGCAGAGUGAUGCACUUCUCGAGGUCGCCCGCGGACGUGAAGCCCGCGCCCGGCCCGUUCACGAUGUUCGACGGGAACGUCCACGGCGAGACGCUGGAGUACGUCCCCGGGGAGCUCAUCCGACAGAAGUGGCGGUUCCGGAACUGGGCCGAGGGCCACUUCUCUGAGGUGACCAUCACGUUCAGAGAGCCCGAGCCGGGAAACUGCUUCGUGGACUUGGUGCAGACGAACGUCCCGGAGACGGACGCGUUCGGGAACGAGAGCGUGAUGGACACGACCGAGGCGGGGUGGAAGGAGCAGAUCUUCGGUAGGAUCCGCCAGGUGUUCGGAUACGGCGCGUGA